AUGGUGACGCCUUGUCCUGCCAGCCCGGCCAGCCCCGCUGCGGCAGCCGGAAGGCGGGACAACCAUCAGAACCUCCGCGCCCCAGUGAAGAAGAGCAGACGCCCGCGCCUCCGGAGGAAGGAGCCACUGCGGCCGCUGAACGCGUGUUCGCUCCCGGGAGACUCCGGCGUCUGUGACCUUUUCGAGUCCCCCAGCUCUAGCUCGGACGGCGCGGACAGCCCUGUGGCGUCUGCGGCGCGGGACUGCAGCUCCUUACUCAGUCCUACCCAGCCCUUGACCGCUCUAGAUCUCCAGACCUUCAGAGACUACGGUCAGAGCUGCUACGAUUUUCGCAAGGCACAGGAGAGCCUUUUCCAUCCGCGGGAGUCGCUGGCGCGACAGCCACAAGUGACCGCACAAUCCCGCUGUAAACUGCUCAGCUGGCUCCUGCCAGUCCACCGCCAAUUCGGCCUCUCAUUUGAAUCGCUGUGCCUGACGGUGAACACUCUGGACCGUUUCCUCCUUACCACCCCAGUAGCUGCAGACUGCUUCCAGCUGCUCGGGGUCACCUGUCUGCUCAUCGCUUGCAAGCAGGUAGAGGUGCACCCGCCUCGCGUGAAACAGCUCCUGGCCCUGUGCGGUGGCGUUUUCUCCCGGCAGCAGCUGUGCAACCUUGAAUGCAUCGUGUUACACAAGCUGCACUUCAGCUUGGGCGCACCCACCAUCAACUUCUUCCUGGAGCACUUCACUCACGUCCGCGUGGAGGCGGGGCAGGUUGAGGUCACUGGAGCCCUGGAGGCUCAAACCCUGGCUCGGGGAGUGGCGGAGCUGAGCCUGGCUGAUUAUGCUUUCACCAACUACACACCUUCCCUGCUGGCCAUCUGCUGCCUGGCGCUGGCUGAUCGCAUGCUGCAGCUCCCUCAUCCGCUGGACCUUCGCCUGGGAGAGCACCCGGAGGCCGCACUGCAGGACUGUCUGGGCAAGCUGCAGAUGCUGGUGUCCAUCAACAGUACCUCCCUGACUCACAUACUGCCUCCCCAGAUCUGGGAGAAGUGCAGCCUGCUCCAGAGUUAG